CAGCCAAUCAGCGCGGACGUGGCCAGGCGUCACAUGACAGUGAACGUUAUUAGGGGCGUCCUGUGAUUGCUGAUAUUUAAUAACCAUGCCUACCACCCAGCAGUCACCCCAAGAUGAGCAGGAGAAACUGUUGGACGAGGCUGUUCAGGCAGUCAAAGUCCAGUCGUUUCAGAUGAAACGCUGCCUGGACAAGAACAAACUGAUGGAUGCACUGAAACAUGCCUCGAAUAUGUUGGGGGAGCUGAGGACUUCUAUGCUGUCUCCUAAGAGCUACUAUGAACUUUACAUGGCCAUUUCGGAUGAGCUGCACUACCUGGAGGUCUACCUGACCGAUGAGUUUGCCAAAGGGCGCAAGGUGGCCGACUUGUAUGAGCUUGUUCAAUAUGCUGGGAACAUCAUCCCUAGACUGUACUUGUUGAUAACGGUGGGAGUCGUCUAUGUGCGCUCUUUCCCUCAAUCGCGGAAGGACAUCUUGAAGGACCUCGUGGAGAUGUGCCGUGGGGUGCAGCACCCACUCCGAGGCUUGUUCCUCAGGAACUAUCUGCUGCAAUGCACCAGGAACAUCCUGCCUGAUGAUGGGGAACAAGCAGAGGGGGAGAUGACUGGAGACAUCAAUGACUCAAUCGACUUUGUCCUGCUGAACUUUGCUGAGAUGAAUAAGCUGUGGGUGCGGAUGCAGCACCAGGGCCACAGCCGGGACCGGGAGAAGAGGGAGAAGGAGAGGCAGGAGCUGCGUAUUCUCGUGGGGACCAACCUGGUUCGCCUCAGCCAGCUGGAGGGCGUCAACGUGGAGAAGUACAAACAGAUUGUUCUGCCUGGAGUUUUGGAGCAGGUGGUGAACUGCAGAGAUUCCCUGGCGCAGGAGUACCUCAUGGAGUGCAUCAUACAGGUCUUCCCAGAUGAGUUUCACCUUCAGACGCUGAACCCGUUCCUGCGCGCCUGUGCCGAGCUGCACCAGAACGUCAACGUGAAGAACAUCAUCAUCGCCCUGAUUGACAGGUUGGCCUUGUUUGCCCACAGAGAAGAUGGACCUGGAAUCCCUGCUGAAAUCAAACUGUUUGACAUUUUCUCACAGCAGGUUGCUACGGUUAUUCAGUCCCGUCAGGACAUGCCUUCGGAGGACGUCGUCUCGUUGCAGGUGUCUCUCAUUAACCUGGCUAUGAAGUGCUACCCUGAGCGUGUGGACUAUGUGGACAAGGUUCUGGAGAGCACUGUGGAGAUCUUCAACAAGCUCAACCUGGAGCACAUCGCGACCAGCAGCGCCGUCUCUAAGGAGCUGACCAGGCUAUUGAAAAUUCCUGUGGACACCUACAAUAACAUCCUGACUGUGCUGCAGCUCAAACAUUUCCCACCCCUCUUUGAGUAUUUCGAUUACGAGUCACGCAAGAGCAUGAGCUGCUACGUCCUCAGCAACACCCUGGACUACAACACCACGAUUGUGGCACAGGAGCAGGUGGAUGCUAUCCUGAACCUGGUAUCCACGCUGAUCCAGGACCAGCCGGACCAGCCGGCAGAAGAUCCAGACCCAGAGGACUUUGCAGAGGAGCAGAGUCUGGUGGGCCGAUUCAUCCACCUGCUACACUCGGAGGACCCCGACCAGCAGUACCUGAUUUUAAACACAGCCAGGAAGCAUUUCGGAGCUGGGGGUAAUCAGAGGAUCCGCUACACGCUGCCGCCGCUCGUGUUCGCCGCCUAUCAGCUGGCCUUCCGUUACAAAGAGAACUCUUCCUCAGAUGAUAAAUGGGAGAAGAAGUGCCAGAAGAUCUUCUCUUUCGCCCACCAGACCAUCAGUGCGCUGAUAAAGGCAGAGCUGGCCGAGCUGCCCCUGAGACUCUUUCUCCAGGGGGCACUAGCAGCCGGAGAGAUCGGCUUCGAGAACCAUGAAACCGUGGCCUAUGAGUUCAUGUCUCAGGCUUUCUCUCUGUACGAGGAUGAGAUCAGUGACUCUAAAGCCCAGCUGGCUGCUAUUACCCUCAUCAUCGGCACGUUCGAGCGCAUGCGCUGCUUCAGUGAGGAGAACCACGAGCCCCUUCGCACUCAGUGCGCUCUAGCCGCCUCCAAAUUGCUGAAGAAGCCUGACCAGUGCCGUGCCGUCAGCAUCUGCGCACACCUCUUCUGGUCUGGCCGAAACACAGACAAAAAUGGAGAGGAGAUCCGUGAUGGGAAGCGCGUGAUGGAAUGUUUGAAGAAGGCCCUGAAGAUCGCUAACCAGUGCAUGGACCCAUCCCUGCAAGUGCAGCUGUUCAUCGAGAUCCUCAACCGAUACGUCUGUUUCUACGAGCGAGAGAACGACGCGGUCACCGUUCAGGUUCUGAACCAGCUGAUCCAGAAGAUUCGUGAGGACCUGCCCAACCUGGAGGCCAGUGAGGAGACAGAGCAGAUCAACAAGCACUUCCACAACACACUGGAGCACCUGCGUCUGCAGAGAGAGUCGCCGGAGUCUGAGGGUCCUGCAUAUGAGGGCCUCGUGCUGUAGGGUCUACACAGACACCAGUACAUACAUCUACAUUUGUUUGUGUAUACACACGUAUAGAGAGAUAUAGUAUGUAUAUACACCCACACAUGCACACCAGGGUUUUCUAACCUGGGGAAACUAAAGCCAACCCAACCUGCCAUCUCUCUGUCCAUCGUCUCUCUCUCUCUCUCUCUCUCUCUCUCUCUCUCUCUCUCUCUCUCUCUCUCUCUCUCUCUCUCUCUCUCGCUCUCUCGCUCUCUCGCUCUCUCGCUCUAGCUCUCUCUCUCUCUCUCGCGCGCACGCUCUCUCUCGUGCGCUUUUGCUCUCUCUCUCUCUCUCUCUUGCGCACGCUCUCGCGUUCUCUUGUGCGCUCGCUCUCUCUCUCUCUCUCGCUCUCUCUCUCUCUCGCUCUCUCUCUCUCUCUCUCUCUCUCUCUCGCUCUCUCUCUCUCUCUCUCUCUGUGUAUUUUCUCCGCUCUUUCUCUCUCUCUUAGCUUCUGAGGCUUUGUAUAUUCUUGCGAGUACAUGAUGUAGACUUUGCCCUGCACUUACUUCCUUCAUCAUUUCAGCACGUCGCUGUCUCCUAAGGUAGUCAUGCGGGGCCAGACGUGAUCUUGUAAAGAGAACAUCUUCGGACAGCUAUGAGACGUUUUGGAUUAAGUGUGAGGGAGAGUAGAUUUUUUUAGCGUGGGCGCAAACUGAGUGAAUUUCUGAACAAGUCCCGUGCUUUGUGAAGGCAGAGCUCGGCGAUGGGGUCCAUGGUGCGCUCAUCAACAUUGUACAACGGACAUCACGCCUGUUUUUAGCCCAUGGAUGCAACAUAAGUUAGUAUGGCUGAAAAGGCCUCCAAAAGCUCCACGUUGCCUCCACGAUUCACUGUUUUUUCAUGUAUAAGUCGUACUUCGUAUGUGAGGAGCUUAAACUAGAGAAACGUGAGGUGGAUUUUAGAGGAUGUGCGUCCUUGUUCACGGUGCAGCCCAGCACCAAUUGUUUGUCUUGUCCCCAGAUGUGUGUUCCCCUUACAAGUUCACACCUGGCCCCACAGAAUUACAUCGGAGAAAGAAAAGGGGCAGAGUAGACAAAGCAGGUGCAGAUAAACCCAGAGAAGAUGCAGAGGAACCCAGUGCUUUAUUUGCUUCAUUUGAGCCGUGCAUCACUGUGUGGAGCCUCAUCGUUAGCCUGCGAUGUGACACGUUCUUUCAGCAUUCGUCACAGGCGUGUGAUCAGACGCUUAAGAGACUUGCAUCUGUUUGUAUUUUCAUUCCUCCUCUUUCCCCGUCACUUUUUUUUUUUUUUCCUUUUUCUCCGUUUAUUUCUGCAGCAGAAAUGCUGGAAUAAUAUGGCAAAUGAUGUGUGUUAAAUGAUAAAAUGGUGUUUUUCAAACACUGGUGCACGUGCAGUGGAGGCAGAUGUGAGCAUGUAUGGAUGAAGAAUGGCAACCAAUCCUAAAAAAAAAGAAGUCCUGAAGAAAUGGCCUCAUCUUUUCAGCCACCCUGUGCAUCUCGUUACUCUUGUAACUUUGUUUUUUUAAUCAUGACCCCCCCCCCCCCCCCCUUUCUGUCCACAUAUAUUGUAUGUAUAAUCUAAUUGUAAAUCAGCUAAAACAGAAUAAGUAUCAUUGAUUUCAUGACAUUUGCACAAAUAAACAAGAUAUUAACCCCA